AUGAAGGUAUCAACAGACCUCCCUGGCACAGGGACCAUCACCCCCCCGGGAGACUCAUUGAAGGAAACAUUGAUCUCGUUCAACAAAGAACUCCUUACUCCAUCUCCAACAACUGAGAAGGAAAAUGGAAUAGAUGGGAUUUGGCAACAAGUGGCCGAUCAAUGCCACUGCUCCCUGGAUGAGAUUGAAGAUGUAUAUGCCUGCACCGCUCUCCAAGAAGCAAUGAUAGCCCUCACGUUCAAAGACCCGAGAGCAUACACCAUCGAACACGAGUACCGUCUGCCACGAGAGGUUGACCACCACAAGCUGCAGGAGGCCUGGAAUACGACCGCCCAAGCUAACCCGAUAUUGAGGACUCGCAUGAUACCAACAAGUGAGCUUGGGUGUGUGCAGGCAGUGGUGCGAGGAUCGAUUCCAUGGCAAGUGCAGGAGACCGACGACGGUAUAAAUGGAGAGAUCGCCAGCCCUUCCUGGCGAGCAGGGGCACCGUUGGCAUAUUUCGUCUUCAACAUCACCGAACAUAAAAUGAAGAUCAUAAUCCAUCAUUCCAUCUGCGACCACUGGUCUGUGGCAUUGUUGUUGCGCCAGGCCGAUGCCGCCUACAGGGGCGAAGAACUCUCUUUCCACCCCUUUCGGCCUCUAGUGGACCAUGUGCAGCGCACGCAAGACAAAGCCAAUGAGUUUUGGGGAUCCAUGUUCCGUGAUGCACAUGAGGCCACGAUGAUGGCAUUCCCCCAACUACCCACAGUGGGUCAUUCUGCCAGACCAACCGAGCGACUGGAGAGGUCCUUCAACAUCCAAGAUGGCAAAAGCUCAUCAAGUACUGUGGGCACCAAGAUUCGGUUGGCUUGGGCAAUCCUGCAAUCGGUGUAUACUGGCUCUGAUGAUACAUUAUUUGGAGCAGUAAAUGCGGGUCGUGCAGUCUCUGUUGCGGGAGUUCAAGACUUGAGCGGACCUGCACUCGCUAGCGUACCGGUUCGCAUCAAGCUAUGCGGACAGAAUACCGUUGGAGAUGCCUUGAUUUCAGUCCAGGACGAAUGGGCAGCAUCUAUGGAGUUCGAACAUGUUGGGUUGCAAAAUCUGCUUCGCCUUGGACCAGGUCCAGCAGCAGCGUGUCAUUUCCAGACCCUGCUCUCGGUUGAGCCUCGAGAUGGCCAUCAACUUCCCGACAUAUUCUCCCAGAGCCGGUCAACCCAAGCGACAUAUGAUAUGUAUCCUUUGAUCCUACGAUGUCGUCCGUCGACCACGACAAUGUGGAUUGAGGCUUCCUUUGAUCCGGCAGUAACCGAGCCCUAUCAAAUGGGGCGAAUCCUCUCCCAGUUCAUUCAUAUCUACGAGCAGAUCGACGCUAAACCGGGUCUCACUCUUUCUGAUGUCUGUGUCGUGAGCCCCGAAGAUUUAAAUGCUCUUCGCCGUCAGAACAUUUCCAUAAAGAGUCCAGAUCCUAUGCCGUGUGUUCAUUCAUUAAUUCAAAACCGCACGCUACAACAGCCUCAUGCCCCGGCUAUCAGUAGCUGGGAUGGCGACUAUUCAUACCUAGCCCUCGAUGAGUUGGCUUCGGCAUUGGCGAAUCAUCUUUCAUGGCAUGGUAUUGGCCCUGGGUCAUUUGUGCCUCUUCUCCUGGGAAAGACCAAGUGGAUGGCUGUCUCUAUGCUUGCUGUGAUGAAAUCCGGCGCUGCCUUUGUGUUACUAGAGCCAUCACAUCCACAGUCCCGACUACGGAAUAUGUGUGAAGCCGUGGCAGCUCCCCUGGUAUUGACUCGUGGCUCGCAUCUUGAUCUGGCAGCCCAGCUUGGAGUCGAAGAGUUGCUCAACGUGGAUACUUUUGACUCGAAGCACCUGCACCGCAAUCGCCCAUCUGGGAAGCCCUCGGUCGGCCCACAGGAUCCUGUCUAUUUGACAUUCACCUCUGGGUCCACGGGAACCCCCAAAGGUGUAAUUGUUCAUCACGAAGGCUUUGCUUCAAGUUCUGUGGCCCAUGGCAAACCAUACCACUUCACACCGAAGUCGCGUGUUCUACAAUUUGCCUCCCCAGCAUUUGAUUCUUGCAUAAUCGAACAUCUCAGUACGCUGAUUCAGGGAGGCUGUGUUUGCAUUCCCUCAACGGACGACUGUCAGAGUCAUCUUGUGGAAUCCAUGAACCGCUUUGCGGUCGACAUUGCAUGCCUGACGCCCAGUGUCACCCGUAUCAUUAGCCCCGACAGUGUUAAGUCCUUGAAAGUCUUGGUGUUUGUCGGGGAAGCAGUUCUGGCUAGCGACGUCGUCCGCUGGGAGCCAUUUGUACACGUUGGAAAUGCGUACGGCCCGGCGGAGUGCUCUGCAGUGUUCAGUGUACAACCAAACCUGAACAGCAAUGAUCCAGCAAACAUAGGAUUCAGCACAGGGGGAGCUGGAUGGGUUGUUCAUCCAGAUGACCAUCGAGUCCUCAUGCCACUGGGGUGCACUGGAGAACUGUUAAUAGAAGGACCAAUCGUUGGCAAGGGUUACCUAUCGAAUCCCGAGCAGACGACUCGGGUCUUCGUUGAAGCACCCCCUGGCGCCUACAAUUUGGCUCCGUUCCAUCCGGAAAAUUCUACAAGAGCUACUGCGGAUGGUAGUUUCCGAUACUUCGGGCGGAAGGACACUCAGGUCAAGCUACACGGACAGCGUUUAGAACUGGCAGACAUCGAGUACCAUCUCCACAAAGCAUUCCCGAAAGCCCGUCAGACACUUGCGGAGGUGCUCCGGUCAUCCGCCCCGAAUAGUACCAAUGACCAUCGACCAGAGGCUUUGCUGAUAGCAUUUAUAUGUCUCCCCUCCUCUCCGGAUGAUGACAGUAAUCAGCAAGCAGAAUUUCUUCCUCCAAAUGACGAGUUCCGUGAAGCUUGUGCUGCAGCAGAGACCAGCAUGUCGGAUGCUCUACCAUCCUUCAUGGUUCCACGCUUUUUCCUACCCAUAUCCCAUAUACCUCUAACGCCAUCUGGGAAGACCAAUCGACGUUACAUUCAGGAGCAGGCCAAUAAGCUAUCCUUGGAACAGAUGCAGGCUUAUCGAGCCGUGAAAAUGCAACCAGAGGCGCCGUCAACUUCUCGCGAGGAAAAACUUCAACAAAUCUGGGCCCAAACACUGAAUCGAACGGUUGAAGAAAUCGGCACUACAGAAAGCUUCUUCCGUCUGGGAGGCGAUUCAGUCAGCGCGAUGCAAGUCGCUGCAGGUUGUCGCACUGUCGGACUCAAAGUAGCUGUUGCUGAUAUAUUCCGGUUUCCAAGCAUCAGGCAACUAGCAGAAAAGAUCCAGGAUUCCGGAUCUGUGUCCUUGGCCUCGCCUGGGGAGGAUGAUCAAACGGAGGUGUGGUUUGAACUUUCACCGAUACAGAAGCUCUUCUUUGAACGAGUGCCCAAUGGUCACAAUAAGUUCACUCUCGAGUUCAUUCUCCGGCUCAGUAAACCUCUGCCACCUCCUGAGAUUAAACGAGCGAUCGAGAAGAUUGUUACCGCUCAUUCAAUGCUCCGCGCCCGAUUUGAACAACGAGCGGACGGUCAAUGGGGACAAGUUAUUGCUAGUGAUGUGUCCAGAAGUCUUCGGUUUAGAGAGCACCGGGUAUCCUCUAUGAGCGACCGUACAGCCUUGCAGAAGAUUUUAUCAGUCAGCCAGGGCACGCUUGAUAUCAUCCAAGGAGUGAUGAUUAUCGUUGAUGUUAUCACCACAGACAACGGGGAGCAGUUCUUGGGGUUGAUGGCCCAUCACCUUGUCAUUGACCUAGUGUCAUGGCGCGUCCUUCUACAAGACCUGGAAGAUAUCCUCAACACGGGCCGUACAAUCCAACCUCUCUCCAUAUCAUUCCAACAAUGGUGUCGGCUGCAACAGAGUUACGCCAAGGAGUCUCUUGAUCCCAGUGAAACGCUGAAGACAGAGAUUCCACAUCCCUCAAUGGACUACUGGGGCUCAGAUGUUGUUCUGAGUGAAAAUACUUGGGCGGAUGCAACGCGACAAACCAUCACAGUAUCCAAAGAAACAACCGAGGCGAUAAUUGGUGCCGCAAAUGGUGCAUUCCACACCCAGCCAGUCGAAAUUAUCCAAGCAGCUGUACUUUACGCCUUUGUUCAGGCAUUUGACAAUCGGCCUGCACCCACCAUGUUCAGCGAAGGGCAUGGGAGAGAGCCUUGGGAUGCAGACAUCGAUAUAUCCCGGACAGUCGGAUGGUUCACCACUAUUGCACCUUUGUUCUUAGAUGUUAAGAAGGAGGACAAUGUCAGGAGGAUCUUGCAGAUGACAAAAGACGGUCGUCGCAGCAUAUCCACGAACGGAUGGGAAUACUUUGCGUCGCGAUUCCUCCACCCCGAGGGACCGGAAAAAUUCCGGAGUCAUUCCCCAAUGGAGAUUCUUUUCAAUUACACCGGUCUUUUCCAACAAUUUGAACGACCAGGUGCCUUGCUUCAGAUGACAUCAGUCCAAGAUGAUUCCCUUCUCCCCAUGGCAGCUGAUUUGCCGCGCAUGGCUCUUAUUGAUGUGAAUGCGACCGUCAUGAACGGGUCUCUCAACUUGUCCUUUAUCUAUAACCAAAAGUUACAGCAUCAGGAUCGACUAGAGCAGUGGAUUAGCAAUUGCCUACAAACUCUUGAGGAACUCCCCAUCGAGCUGCAGCAGGAACAGCGACUCGCCGCUGUCGAUUUCCCGUUGCUGUCACUUGCAAACGAGGAGCAGCUUCACAGCCUACUCCAUCAGGUGUCAGGCCGAUUCGAUGUGUCUCCGUCUGGAAUCGAGGAUAUGUUCCCGUGCUCACCCGUUCAACUUGGCAUGUGGUUGAGCCAAUUGAGAAACCCUCAAGUAUACUGGUCGCAUAUCCGGUGGUCUCUGUCCCCAACCUCCGCCAACGACCCAAUAGAUAUAACUGAGGUCAAGCAAGCAUGGCAGCAGGUUGUUGACCGUCAACCCAUCUUGCGCACUGUAUUCACCGAUGGUGUCGGAGGGCACGGUCACCCUGUCCAAGUGGUUCUGAGAGCUUGCGAGGGAAACAUCAGGGUGCUGUCGGGAUCAGAAUUGCGUGCGGAGGGCCAAGUUCCGUCCGUUUCCGAUGAGUUCUUGUUGAAUGCGAAAUCGUCAAACACGAAGGGCCUCCCACCCCAUCAGCUUACUGUCGCAAUUGAGCCUCAUGGUGGAGCUUACUGUCAGCUCGCCAUCCACCACAUUCUUGUUGACGGUAUCACGGAGCAGAGACUGUUGUCAGAAUUCCACCAAGCAUGCAAUGGGACACUCGAUGCCGAGCCUGCAGGAAGCUAUAGCAAGUACCUGCAUUAUCUGCAAACUCGGGACCACAGGGCUUCCGAAUCCUAUUGGAAGGAAUACCUGACUGAUGUUUACCCAUGUGUUUUCCCAUCUCUCGGCUUGAAGGGGCACGGGACCGCCCCAAGCUCUCUGAAAUCGUUGCCAUUCUCCAUAGGUAUUGGCCAAGACCUCCGGUCGUUCUGCCAGUAUCACAGCAUCACAAUUUCCAGUUUGCUACAAGUCGCUUGGGGUAUCGUUCUCCGUGUAUACACAGGGAGCGAGUCUGUGUGUUUCGGAUAUCUGAAUGCUUGCCGUGAUAUUCCAGUGAAAGAUGCGCACGAUAUUUCUGGACCUUUGAUCAAUCUUUUGAUUUGUCAACUAUCUUUAACUGAUGAAUCAUCGGUUCUGUCGACACUCGCCGGAAAUCAUGCGGCCUACGCCCGAAGCCUUGAUCACCAACACUGCUCUUUGGCAGAUGUUAUGCAUUCUUUGAAUCGCUCCGGUCAACCUCUGUUCAACACCGCGAUGUCAUUGCAGAAGGACGCCGGCAGUCUGUUUUCUGAACACGCUCAAAGGAUUAAGUUGCAACCAGAAGAUGGAAUUGACUCAACUGAGUAUGACUUGACUAUCAACAUCACUGAACGUGAAAAGACCAUCGAUUGUGAUUUGACACACUGGACGCACGCUGUGGCUGAUGCUCAGGCUGAAUUGGUUGCCGACACCUUCCAUCACAUCGUUUUGCAGCUUAUUGAUCCGGCAAUUCGCAAUUUGAGCGACAUAAACCUGUCAAUGGGGAAGAACGAGAGUCAGAUGCUUCGUUUCAAUCACAACGUACCGGAACCUGUGCGAUCUUGUAUUCACACAGAUAUCCAACGAAUGACGGCGGCGCAACCCACAUCCCCUGCAGUCGAUUCCUGGGAUGGUCAGUUCACAUACGAGACCCUGGACCUUCUCUCAUCGUUAUUGGCUAAAGACCUGGCCUUGCUUGGUGUUGGUCCUGAGGUAUUUGUGCCAAUAUGCCGCGAAAGAUCUCGAUGGACAGUUGUCGCUAUAAUAGCCAUCAUGAAGGCAGGUGGAGCAUUCAUCUUGCUUGACCCGUCGCAUCCAGCAGAGAGGCUGCAAGAUAUGGUGCAAGUGGACUUCCAGUGUCCAGUUAUCAUCACCUCCUCUAAGUACCUCGAACUUGCAUCCACUCUAGCGCCGAACCCAAUCAUUGUGGAGGACAUCAGCCAAAUACCGCAUCCCGAGAUUCGACAAGAAAGUAUCCCAUCGGUGGUUAGUCCAAGGUCAUCUGCAUAUGCUGUUUUUACAUCUGGGUCUACCGGUAGGCCAAAGGCAAGCGUCAUCGAGCAUCAGUCUUUCCUGUCAGCAUCAUCCGCACAUACCCAGGUACUUCGUCUUGAUAAAAAUGCCCGGGUCAUUCAAUUUGCCUCUUAUGCUUUCGACGCUAGCAUUGUGGAAAUGAUCGACACACUUUUGGUCGGUGGCUGUAUCUGCAUUCCCUCCGAUGAAGACCGAAAUCAGAGACUGGGUCAUGCAAUCCGCGAGAUGCAAGUGAACUGGGCGCUGUUGACCCCUUCCGUGGCGCGCAUCCUAAACCCGCAGCAUGUUUCUACCCUAGAAACACUCGUUCUCGGUGGAGAGGGCAUGACUAGGGACGAUGUCCGUCGCUGGUCACCGCAUGUACACUUGAUGAAUGCCUAUGGUCCUUCAGAAUGCUCCGUCGUUGCUGCAGCCCAGCCAUCGCCACAAUACCUCUCACAAGACGAAUCAAAUAUUGGGCAUCCUACUGGUUGUGUCGCAUGGGUUGCGCAUCCAAAAAACCCAGAGAAGAUCGUUCCCGUGGGUGCUAUUGGAGAGCUUCUUAUCGAGGGCCCUAUUGUCGGUCGCGGUUACGUCAAUCGUCCGGAGGCCAUGGCAGCGGCAUUCUUCCCAUAUCCCACUUGGUUGUCAAACAUCCGAGGUUCCCAAAACGGGGUCUUGUACCGAACAGGUGACCUUGUGAGGCGUCUUGUGGAUGGCUCCAUACAGUACAUCGGACGAAAAGACCGUCAAGUGAAGUUGCGUGGACAGCGUAUCGAACUGGCUGAAGUUGAGCACCACGUUCAGGAGUGCUUCCCUAUCAACAACCCUGAAGUCUUUGCGGACUUGGUCGCACCAGAAGAUGGCAAAGAUGUGCAUUUGGUAGCCUCCAUUAUUCAACCAGAAGACAGUGGUGGCAUUCAAGCCUUCGAGGCGGCCGUGGAGCAGAUGCAAUCAAGUCUUCAGGCAGAUGUUCCAGCUUCACUCAUUCCCUCUGCAUUCAUUCCUGUCUAUCAGGUACCGCGAUUGGUGAAUGGAAAGAUCGACCGAAAACAGCUGCGCCAUGCAGCAUCUCAAGGCCUACGGGCGCAGAUUGGUCGAGGAGCGACUAACCACCAACUGCGACAGUUGAGAGAUAUGACAAAAGGAGAACUUGCAUUGCAAAGCUGCUGGGCUGAGGUUUUGGCUCGCCCUGCGGAGACAGUCGGACCUGACGACAACUUCUUCCGCUUGGGGGAGACUCGAUCGCAGCAAUGA